GCAUUUAGAUGAAAGCCUUGUCGAAAGUUCUACUUAAAAAAGUGAGGAGUCUAUUAAAAGGUCAUUAUUAAACAUAUAUUGACGUUUUAAUUGGCUGUGAAAUCUUUGAUUAAUAUAUUAUAAGCAUAUUAUGUUUAAUAUUGUAAUAAUGCGUCGGUAAAAAAAAACAAGUGGGGUUUGUUAAUAAAGUGGAAAUUUACAUUGUGUUACAUUAGUAAUCCGAACAAUGAAUCGAAGAUCUUCCCACGCUAGUAUUUCUGGAAUAAGACGUGGGUCGCUUGCAGACCAGAAUAAAGUGAAACGUGUAUCACUUAAAGACGGCACGUUAGGGAACGUUUUAACCAGCCGUCUGGCGGCGCUGUCAGAACUAAAAGAGGGUGAUAUUUACUAUAGGACUGAGAAGAUAUAUCCGUCAAUUCCGGACCAUCCGGAAGACAUCUCGAUCACAUUGGCAAGGUUUCCGCGCGAGACUCGAACUGGUUCCAUUAUCAGCAUUAAUCGUGACGACACGGCCACACCUUCUGAAAAUAACCCUGGUUAUGACAGAGACAGAGCUGCAUCUAUAGCCCAGAGUGCAUCAGACAAAAGACCCAAGCUCGUGAUCUGGCCAGAGUGGAAUGAUGUUGAUGUUAAUGCAGAAAAAUGGGGAGUCAAUCAACAGGACAUGGCCCAUAAAGGCAAAGAGAAAGACAAAGGGAAGUCACCAGUUGUCUCCCAUUCAUUUGAUGAUCCAGAGGGCAAGAUUGAGAUGCCUCCUGGUAUGAGAGUGGACCAUUGGAAACGACCACAAGAUUAUAUUACUGAAAAGACUCCGGUAGUGAUAGAUCCUGAUGGAAUGUCCUCAUUCAAUCUUAUAACCAACAAUGAACAUCUCCAUGAAAGUGAGCUGAUGAGAUAUAUUAUCAGUCAGAUAAUGGCAUUAUGGGAAAUCUGUGCGGUGAAGAAUCCCCCGCAGGAUCAAAUGCCAGCCGACCCAGGUGUUCCAUAUGAGGAGGUGUCUCAUACAUGGAAACCAUGGGAACAUAUAUACACAAUGAAUAAAGUGCAGAAGGGGCCACAUAUUCCACCAUACAAUCCAUACGGCAAAUAUGCUGUCAGACUAUACUGGAUGGGUUGUUGGAGGAAGAUAAUAGUUGACGAUACUUUGCCAUUUGAUGAAAAUGAUCGUCUUAUGUUGCCAUGUACCACAAUGCAGAAUGAAGUCUGGCCAAUGCUGUUGACUAAAGCCCUCAUCAAGGUGGCUGCUCUAGAUUAUACCGGAGGUAACCCUAGCUGUGAGUUUGGAGAUGUGAGCAUAGUAAGCUGCCUGACUGGUUGGCUACCUGAAGCUAUACCACUACAGGGUUUUCUCCUGGAUGAUCAGGGUACUAACCAAUCAAAACUACAUCUGAAGAAGCCCACCUCAGGUCGGGCCUCCCCAUUGGUCACUGCAGGCCAAGUACUCGAUAAGUUCAUCUCAUUGAGUAAUCAGCCGAGUCGCGAGAACUCGGCCAUCAAACCACGUAAAAAGAUCGGAGUUAAUGAUGACCUCAGGUACGGACAUAUAAGUGAAGUUUGGGAGUUGUUACGAGGGGUAUUGCCCGAGUUUAAGCUUCCAUUACAAGAAUGGCAGAAAGCCUUGCUGGAGGAGGAGAAAGCCAAGAGGGAUGAAACCGCUUCAGUGGAUGGGACAAAAGAAGAGAAGUCAGAUAAAGAUUCUGCCAGUAAAGAUGGCAAAGUGGAGAAACCCGAUGGUAAACCGGCGGGAAAAGAUGGUGGCAAGGAGAAAGGAGCAAAAGAUGCCAAGGAAAAAGAAAAAGGGAAAGAUGGGAAAGACAAAAAGGGAGAUAAGGACAAGGACAAAAAAGGAGAGAACUUAGACUUUGGCUCUAAACGAGGUCAGAGUCGACUUGGCUCUAGUCGUAAGGCCAUAGGCAGUCGACUUGAUGUUGAUAAUGAAGAGAAGACUUUAGAUGAGACACCUAUACCAGAGAAUCCUGAAGUUGUCAUAUUUGCCUCGUACCGAACCACCCCCAAAUAUCCGGUCAAAAUAUCAGUUCUUGGUGAAAAUGCCGAUGCCAGUGAACGACUCCGUCAGAAUGGUCUGUCACACAUGUACCCUCACCCUGUCCUGAUCACACAGACAAGAGCAUGUCCCCUCGAGCCCCCACCCCCGCCAGAGAAAAUUCCUGCAUGGAAAACUAUAAGACCCCGUAAAAAGAAGACGACACCCUCAGAUGAGCCUGUUGCCGAUCCAGAGCCACCGAAACCCAUACAAUGUUUAGAGAUUACCUCCCCUUUUGUCAACUACAAAGUUAGCCCUGUUCCGAUACCAACUGACACUCACAGACCAAAGUCGGCCCUGGAACGAGGAGGAACGAGGUCAAGGCCAGGAACCGGUCAUGUGACCUCUAUUGAAGAAACUGAUGAAAAUGCUCCUGAACCAGAAACAGUUAAAGAACCUCCAAAGGAAGAGCAUGUAGAGGAGCUAACACCAGUGGAGGUUGUGGAAGAGAAACCAUUAACACCGUCCAAGGGAACUAAGAGUGCGCGUAAAUCUGCCGGCAAGAAGGAAACGGAGGCAUCACCAAAAGCGGAGCGUAAGAUGAGUAGUAAGGCUGGAUCAGCCAAGGAGAAGGAACGAAGUAAGUCUAUAUCUAAGCCAGGCUCUCGUGAAGGAAAACGCGAGGAAGCUGGAACACCAAAACCUGAAAAACAAGCUGAAGCCAAGCCUGCACCACCAUCUGCCCAGACAACCAAAUUGGAACCCCCUGGGUCCGGGGAUCAGGCAGGUGGUCUAGCCGUACCCCCAGAGAACGGAGAAGGGGACGGGUCAGUUCACGAAGAAGAAACAGCGGAGAAAGAGCCUGUGCAGGAGGAAAUUACUAAACCUACAAAGAAAUGGAUGGACUUUGAUCAGUUCUGUAGAUGUUUCAAGACACUGUAUAUAUAUCAUAAGCCAAACACCUACCCAUGUUCUGUGAAACACUCGGAUCUCAAGAAACUGGAGUUUAAAUAUCACCCUCACCAGAGUGUAGCACCCCAGCCACCAGCACCUACGAAAGGAGACAAGAAGUCGGCCCCCAACGCUAGCGGGGUAAACACCUCCCCCUCUAAGACUGUCCAGACGCCAUCGCACACAUUCACUAGUGCGAUGGCCUCCCCUACUACUAAUCCCCUCCUACAUAACUCUCCUCAGGGUGCAGCACAGGGCACCUAUGAUGACAAGGCUCCUUAUUAUCUAUUUGUUGACAAUCUGCAGCCUACUGAGAUAGUUGUUUCCUUCUCUUCCCUGUCACGCUGGCCUGAGCCCCCACCAGCCCCGGUUGAGGAGAAGAAGUCUCACACAAGCCUGAAAGGAGCAAAAGAUAAAAUUGAUGACAAGGAGAUGACCAAUGUGACCAGCAGCAGUGUGCUAGAAGGAUCUAUAGCCAGUGAGAAAGCAGCCCCUCCCAAUGUGACACCAGGAACUCUUGUGGCUGAACCGUACUCUUGGAAGAGUCUUGUUACUGGUCAACCAAUACUUAGACUGAAAACAUCAGCCAUCAGAGCUGCUGUACUGUGUUUACCAGCAGGACGUCAUGUAUUAAAGUUUAUGAUGUCAGGACCAUUAGGAUACCAUGUACACCUAUGUUCCUCCACACAGUUUGUGUUUGGUGAUGAGGAAACUGUGAUGGCACAGCUUACAAAGGAAAGUUGUAUAUUUGUGGAUAAUGCUAACCAGGUGAUUACUUGUAUAGGGAAAUGUAUCAAUGCGUUUGGUGACCAGGAAGAGUUUGUCAAGGCAUGGAAGGAACUAACGCUGGCUCACUGCCCAUACCAAAAUGACAAACAAAUGUCCAAACAAAAUCAUUUCAAGGUGUUCAGUGAAGCUCUGUACACAACUCUACGUAAGGUGCUUCGAGAUAUAGCCAGCCCGGAGAUUGCAUUUGCCUGGCGAGCUUUCAUGUUCGAUGCAACGUCAAAAAAUAUACUCAGUAUACCAGCUGGUAGCAGACCAGCUACCGGACACACCAGUCACCGUGGCUCUGCCAAACCGGCCGCCACUAAGGGGGCAAAGCAGACUGUCGCCCAACCAGAGGAGCAACCUGAAAAAACCAGUUCUUCAUGGGAGAAUAGACAAGCAACAACAGAAGAACAAGUUGCCACAGUGAAGCUACAGAAACAAUGGAAAGGUUACUGGGUCAGAAAAAUACGAGCUGCCAGAACCCCAGGUUCAGAAGAGAAUCAAAAGGUGUUACAGAAUCUACAGAAAUGUUGGGCUAUCAUAGAACAAAACCUUGACCCCAACAAUCCAGACCAUCCAGGCCUGUUCUUGUUUAGACAAAUGUUUAAGAUAGAGCCGGAUUUGAUGGUAAAAUAUCCGUUUUAUAAGGACGAGUGGAAUAAGAUAUCAUACAAUGAUUAUAAAGGACAAUUUCCAGACCAGCCGCCAAAUAACUGGUUUGUUGUCUUCAGAGAGGUGUUCCAUGUAAUGGAAGAAAUGUUAGCUGUUCCGAAAUUAUAUGUGCCAAUCAGUACAUGUAUGUUACGCGUGAUAAACAACGAUACUGGUGAAGAGAUACCCAGAGUCUUUCAAAAAGUGGCACCCUAUGUGUACAAGAAAAACAGAAAAGGCUACACAUUUGUUGCCGAGGCUCGUACCACGGACCAGCCAUUACAGACUGGUACCUGGCGUAUGAGAAUGAUUGGUUCCCUGUCUCCACUUCCUGCCCCACUACGAGGGGAGGUCAACAGCAGCUUUUCUGUGAAAGAGAUCAAAGAUUAUUAUCUUCCAAACAGCAAAAAUGUCAUCUUCAGAUAUGCAGUUAAGGUUACAGAGGACCAUUUAACCAGUAUACAGAUGAACACCUCUAAAUCUGAUGUACACAUCAAGCUUGUGGUACUGAACAAUGAGGAGGAGGUUGCAAGCACCCUCGGGAAAGGUCAUGCUGUUAUCCCAGCCUUCACCUUCCUCAAGGACAUAAACCCGGACGAGGAACCAAAAAGGUCAACUUCCAGGGCAUUACAUGGCAACGAUCAUUCAAACAAAGGUGACAGUAAAGCUAAGAAAGGUGGGAAGAGAGGAGGUUCAGGCAAGAGUAAUGAUGGUAGAGGCUCGACACCAACACCCACCUCUCGUAGUCCGAGGUCCAACCCUACUGGUACAGCCAGAAGAAGAAAGCAAACUCCGCCUGCUAGUGGCAGAAGUCCCAGGAGAAGCAGUCAGAUAGAUCAUCAUUCAGAUGGAGGAUUAAGUGAUGGAGAUCUGGAAGAGAGGGAUCUUAGACCACACAAGUAUAUUGUAGAGGCACAGGUAUUAAAGGACAGUUGGCCGUUGUCUGAAUCUAGCUGGAAUUUUGUACAGAUGCUGAAAGAGAUGGAGAAAAAUGAGCUUAAAGUGGCAUUUAAAGAGAAACCAGUUGAGGAGCCAGCUAAGACGGAGAAAGCUCCCGCAGCAGCUGAUAAAGGUGCUAAAGGAGGUAAGGGUGGUAAAGGUGGCAAAGAUAAGGGCAAGGACAAAGAUGGUAAGGGGUCACGACCUCCAUCACAACAAUUUGACCUUGGUAAACCCCACUGGACCCUCCGAGUUGUCAGUGAUGCCAAUGCAGUGGAGGAUAUAGAGAUAAAGAAAGAUACAGAGAGAGCUGACGAGAUCCGAGCCCUGAAGAAAGCCUGGGAAGAUGCUGAACCGGGCAGAGCUGCCAAGGCUAUGCAGUCCAGAUUGAAGUACCUGUCUACACACACAAUCAAGUUAAAUGAUGACGAGGAAGAAGGGGAGAAGGUGGAGGGUGAGGGUGGUGACCAACCUGGUUAUGUACCACCACAAACACCAGGGUCAUUCCUCGGUGAUGAUGAUGGUAACCUUACUCUGGAGCCACCACCCCCACCCACACCCAAAGAAAUGUUACAGCCAGUUGAUAUUACUCCUUUCUUAAGACAUACAACUGACUCACCACGCUACCUGGAUGAGGAGGAAACUCAGAGACGGUUCCAGGAACAGCAGAAACAGAUAGCAGAGUACAAGGCGUUCAGACAACAGGUGGAAGAAUGGAGAAAGAAAGAUAAAGAAUUACGCAAUAUGACUAAAGAAAAACAAAUACAAGAAUGCGAGGAGUUACAGGCAAUGCUUGAUGCAGCUAGAGAAUCUAUAAAUAAACCAAGGGAAGCAUUUAGACAGACUUAUUUAGAAGCAGAACGCAAGAAACUGGAAGAACUCGAGGCUAAAGAGGCGGCAUUGCAAGCAGACGCAGCAGCUAAAUCACCGAAGGGCAAAAAGGGCAGUGCUAAAGGCAAAAAGAGCCCGUCUGCUAAAAAGAAGAAAUAAUCAAUAGACACUUUUAGUACUUAAAUAUAUUUUUAUAAUUUUAAUUUUGAAUUCAAACACUGUGAUAAUUAAAAUUAGAUAGUCUAGACACAUGAAUGAAAGAACGUGUUUAGUGAAUUUCUGUAAAUAAGAAUAUAUACAAAUAUAUUAAUUGUUGAAAAUUUAUUAUUUGUUUAAUUUAUUUGUUAAAUGUUGGUUUGAAAUAUGCAUGGUAUCAGAGUAUUUAAUUGAUUUAAGAUUUUUAGAAUCAUCAGAAUUAGUUUUGAAUGAUGUACAUGCAGCUAUACAUAUUUUUGUAUAGAACGGAUUGAAAUGGACAUUUGAAAAUGUUUUAAGGUUCAAAAAAUAGUAUUUUGUUUUAAGUACUAGUAAUUACACUGUGAUUUGUAUUGAUCUGUGAUAUAUAGAGUGUACAGUAAGUUUAAAAUAAUUUAUAUUAAAUAUUUUCAUGAACUUUUAUUUUCUUGAUUAUGAAGGAAAGGAGUCAAAAGAAAACUUGAGUAUUUCUUUUAUCAGAAUAUACCUUAGAAUAAUUCACUAUUCAUAUUUUGAUUUUUCACUUGAACUAUGACUUGUAUAACAUACAAAGCUGUCCAAAUCAUGCAUGAAUUUCAGUGUCUGAUUUAAAGGUCGAUGUGAUGAAUAUGCAACAGUUAACAUGGAUGAAGUAUUUUUGGUCUUUGUGUUAAUUUGCCAAAGUGUUGGGUUUUUUCCCAUUGAUUUAAUGUACAUCUAAAAUAUGAUUCCGUCCAUUUGUUUGCUUUACAGACUGAAUAAACAUUGUUUUCCUUUA